AUGCAGCUAGGUGACGCCCGGCUACGCAGAAGCGAACAUGAUACAGACGCUGUGACGGAGGAAGAUGGAGACCAUGCAGAAGAAAAUAUGGCGGUGGAAGGUAGCUCCACUUCGUUGUGGGAUGACGUUGAUGGCAACGACAUGUUCGAAGAGCCCAGAACUCCGCGGGAUCACGACGUACAUUCUAUCAUUGACGUGUUGUCUAACCAGCUGAAGAACCGAGAGAUUCCGGAGUAUCUGGACGAGUUUGAGGUUGUCAUUCCAGAUGCAGAGGUGGUGGUCGGUGCUGUGCCCAUUGAAGAAGUACAACAGCGAGAGCAGCAAAUUGAAGAAGCCAAGCUACGUCAAGCCGAGUUAGAGAGCAGUUUGUACCGUCAGCGGGAGAUUCGACUGGCUCAACAAGAAGCGCUUGCUCGAGAGCGUUUACUACAGGAAGCUCGUCGACGACAUGCGGAGCUGGUACUGAAAGACCGACAAGCUGCUGAGGCCGUGAAGUUCCGUGCACGACGAAUCGGACACGUAUUCCAGCAAGCCGAGACGCACUUAAUGGAGACUUUAAAAAAUCAGGAGGCUAGAGUGGAGCAACUGUACGGCACGUUGGAGCCGUCACGAGUUCCACAGAGCCGGAAACGCUACCGCGUUGAAUGGGCUCGAAUUCCAUUGACAAUCCGCAUUCGAGCCAAAAUGCUCAAUGCUGUAAAGGAUAAACUACCUCCUGGUCAGUACGUUAUGGUGGCAACUCUGUACGAUCGUCUAGGUGGCCAUGCACUGCACUGGACGAACUGGGACCCUGAAGUAUCUCCAAACGCUGCAACCAAUGACAUCAGUUCACGUUCAAACGUUAGUCGCCCAAACUUCACGCGGCCGUUCCACCACCGCGGCCGCUUCUACAAUACGGAGGUGGUAGUGAAUCAGAACGUAUUUGUGGUUUGUCCUCCAGAAGUGGAACUUCGACCAGGAAACACACUAGUUUUCGAACUGUUUAUGCUUUCCCAGGCGACUUCUGCCGCCUAUGCGGGGAGUAAUACGAUGUCUAUGCCUCGAAGAAAACGUCGGGGUGGUCAGUAUUCAGAUCACUCGAUAGCAAUGCAAACGGAUCACGUUGUAGCGUGGGGAGCGUUGCCACUCACCACUCCGGAGUUUCAGGUCGUACAGGGCAAAUUCAAGUUGCCACUGUUGCGUGGAGAAAUGGAUCAUACGAUGGACAAGUACCGGGACAUGGAGAAGAUGUACCAAAGCGACUUAUCUUCGUGGCUCUGCAAUUUCUAUUUCCAAGUGUAUCACCUUCCAAAACCUCCAGCUGUGUUACAUCGAGCACCACGAGAUCGAACAAAUGAUGACCCUUUUGAUGCUGAAAUCGAUGAGCGUGGGGGAUUAGUUCGACUCAUUGUACCAGAAGUGGAGAACAGCCAUCAGCGAUAUAUGCGCAAAAUGUCUGCAGUGCCAAACUCAGCAACUAUCCGAAAGCGACAACACAGUACUAACGGAUUAAUCCGAGAUGAAAGGGAUGCCGACAUACAAGUCCAAGGUAGUGGCAACCACGGUGGUAGUGCUGCAGCGAAGCUUUACUCGUCCACUUCAUCAUCUCUGGUGGGCCACGACAAUGCUAUCAAGAAAAAGAGAGGGAAACCACCACCGCGAUUUUUGUCUCCAACGCGGUGGAGAUGGAAGCGCUGGCUUACAGGGUUUAACCCGACGAAAAAAACUCGUGUCUACUCAGGUGAUGUGAUCGCGAUGCAGAAUCGAAAUCAAGACCUUAAAACAGUUCCACCACAGGGUGACGGUGAACAUCAGUCAAGUGAUCACCAACUAGGAUUGAACGGGCUGCAAGUGUCGGAUCAGUUCGACAGUAUUGACGAAGAUUUGGAAAAUUUUGAAGACGACGAGAGCUUAGCUUUAAAACGCCAGCAGCAGCUUGAUGUGGAGAACUUCACGUAUUCUGUAAACGCCGCUGCUUCAAUGGAGACAGCACGUCAUAAGCGAUUCCAUGCUCAACGGAAACUACAUUACCUGCGUCACGAAUUAUUGGUGGAUCUAGGAUUCUCAAACUGGCAUACACUCGAGUUCUGGAGACUCGUAGCUAUGCUGCUGUUUGCGUGCUGGAUACGAUUAUACGUGCACUACGUCACACAGUGGCUCUUUUUGCGAGGCAACCGCGUACCCGUUUACGAUUUCCAACCGCGAUGGACUACAUGCAUUGUAAAGUAUACGUGGCAAACUGUGGCUACCUCUACAGAAAUCGGUCUGCUUUCAUUGGGGGUACUAGGUAACACAAUGAUGUUCGGAUUCCUAUCCGGUGCAGCCGCUUUAGGCCAACGCUACGUGGGGGAUCUACCAGCAUUCGGAUCCAACUUCGUCGUUUGCGCAGGGAUUGCGACUGUCCUCGAUCCGUUUCUCGUACUAUUGGUUGAUGUGUUUUCACAUCACUACGGGUGCUCACAACUGAGCGAGUGUUCAGUAUCACUGACAGCAUCUGGAUGUUCCUGCGUAAACGGUGACUGGUUCAAGCUAUACGUGCGAUUCCAGGCACAAGAGGGCAGUGGAUUGGUGGGCAUCUUUAUUGUCCUCAUCUUGUACCUAGCACUUACAUGUUUAUCACUUGUGGCACUCUACGUCUACCUGCUCUAUGUCCAUAUGAACGGCCGAAUGCUCGAUGUUUACCGACGAGUGCACGGUCAUGAAGGUGCGUUCUUCGUUCCACAUGAUGCUGAGAUUUCGCUUCAGGAGCUACAGACGAUCUGUGCCCAGGCCACACGUUGGAAUGGACCGCGUGGUACACAGCGCAAAGUGUUUGUACACGACUACGCGUUAUCAGAUCCACUCGACCCACUAUUUCGUGAAACAAACACACAUGUGGCAGUUUAUAACGUGGAGCUCGACGGCACUCGAGAGCUACAUCGUCACUUCCUCAAAAUGCCCGAUGGAGCUGUGCUGGAACUGUUCGGCGAGCUUGGAGCAAACGCUGAUGGCAACUGGAAGAGUGAUGCCCCUCAGGGUGCAUCAUCGCUUGCUGUGCUGUACAACAUCCUCCAGGAUGUUCAGCGUGAUGUGAAUUCGACUUCAAUAACCAGCGAUGGUCUUUUCGACGGUCUGUAG